GACACGGAGCCAACAAGAAGCAGCAGCUAAGGGAGUGAACAGCGGUGCGCACCGGAGCCGGUCGUUAACUUGUCCGCUGUUUUUCCUCUUCCUCUGUCUUUUCUCUGCAGCCUCAGCUCCUCUGCACCUCCGUGAUCCGACCGGACUACCGGCUACCGGGAAGAACACAGUCCAGACAGCCUGCUCGUCAUCGUCUGUUUUACUCCGGAGACUGCGGAUUUUAUCCCCGGUCUUUCUGGUGAGCGGAUACCGAGAGCGCACGCCGCCUUCCCCGACACAAACAAAAGUCUCAGACAUUAUUAUUGUGCUGUUUGAUUGUGGAGGAAUAGCAGCGCCCGCCCGCGUCUUGUCUCUGGCUUCCCUCCGGUUGAACGGCAACCGGCUUGACUUGGAAAAGAGCAACAGCCGCCACCGGCGCAUCAGUGAGGUAGAAAAGCCCUACAUUAAGCUGCAGCCAUGGAUGAGAUGGACUUGCCCCAGAUGAAGAAGGAGGUGGAGAGCCUCAAGUACCAGCUGGCCUUCAAGAGGGAGAAGUCCUCCAAAACAGUGACCGAUCUGGUAAAGUGGAUAGAGGACGGCGUCCCGGAGGAUCCCUUCCUGAACCCGGAGCUGAUGAAGAACAACCCGUGGGUGGAGAAAGGAAAAUGCAUCCUCCUCUAGAAGACCACGAUCCUUCCGGGACCUUUCCACUUCAACUUGCUGAUCCCCUGACACACACUUAGGAUGACCCCCGCGACCCCUCCCCCCAUCCCACCCUAGCCUGCGAGGGGCAUGGCAGGACAGAGCCCCCUUAUCUUCUCACCAUGAAUGUACAACAGCUGAUAUCCCAACCCCUCCGACACACACACACACACCCAGUCAAGGGCACCCAAACACACGCAGACCAACAAACAAACACACACACACACAUACACUCCACCCACAGAACACCAUAGUUUGGGUUUUCCCAACCGCCGCACAUUCACUGCAAGUUUAUUCCUGCCACGGCAAUGCGUCACUAAUAUGAUAUGACGACUACGAUGAUCAAUACUCCUAUUACAUGUUUCUAUAUGGAUAUAUGACGACCUAUUUAUGCAGCUGCCAGUCACAAGCUUUCUCUCUACUUUAACUCUAACUGCAUUUUACUACUCUGCUCUUUGUUGUGGUCUUCUCUCGCUGCCACCGUAGCAGCUUUUUGAUGAGUUGAUGAGAUGUUAUAAACUGUAGUGUCGAAUCAUCACUGCCAGACUGUCUGUAGAUCUGCCGGAGGGGCUGCAGAGGUAAAGGAGGGGCGGUUCGGGGUGAUCUGAGACACACCUGCCCCGCUAGCUCAAGAGGAGGACACACCGGAUCGGAUAGUUUUGUUUGAAAGUCCUGUUCCCAAAUGACAAAUCCACCACUUAGUCUUACAAAGUCAACAAUAACACAAAAUUUAAAGGGUACACUUCAUUUUAAGCUCUGCUCACAUUAAUAAACGGUGUGUAAACAGUUUACAAAUACUUUCUAACUCACUAAAGCAUAGUGGCACUAACAUAUAAAUUGUUAAUUCACUACUUAAAACUGUUUAUGAAUGUUAAUGAUAUCCUUAUAUGUGCUUGCCGCUAAGUUCUAGUGUGUGAGGACACAUUUGUUGGAAGAUCAGCCACAAUCCUUGUUUGACAAAUAACAACACUUUCUAUGAAGUGCAUGUUUUAUAAGAACAUUUUAAACGUAGCCACACCAAACUCUAAAGAUUGUUAUAACAUCUUAUAGCACCCCCCCUAACAUGUCUAAUAAGAUGCAGGAUGUUGCACAAAUCAAUUAGUGAGGUUCUGAUUUUGGGAAAGUGACAAAAAUGAUUUAUGUUUCUGAGUAGCUGCACACUCAUACAUUUUUCAGCACAUUUUUCUUUGAGGAAAAUUGGCUUGCUUGAGCAGCAUUGGUGAAUAAAAAAUAUUCUCUGCAUCAGAGUUAUGAAUGUGCAGCUGCUUUGUUUUGUUUAAAAAUUUGCCUUGUCACACAACUAUUAGGAUAUAUUCAUGUGAUUUUGUUUGCUUAAACUGAAGCUUACCCUUAAAAACAUUUCAAACUGUAGAUGGAGGGUAUUGUAAUACAUUACAAACCUACAAGCCACAGUGAGCAAAUGCUAAACGUUACAAAUGGGGCUUUAUAUCCAAUUAUAAAUCACUAGGUGCUUACAAAUAGUGUCAUAAGACACUAUAAAUGUGUGUAUGGCUACUUAAAAUGUCUUAUUAAGCAGGUUUUAUGGAAACUGACAAAUUUAUACCACCUUUAAAAGAUACUCAAAGACAAAUUCUUAGGUUAUUUUCCCCAAAUUCUUUUGGAAACAAGCGUGUCACCUGCUUGUUAAUCUAGAAGCCAGGGUGUUUCAUCACCGUGGAUGUUCUGAUCGCUGAAACUAACGUGGCUGUGUGUUCAGCUCUCACAGCCGUCCUCCGAGUAAACUCCCCCAGUUCUCAGAGCUCUGAUGAUAUAUAACAUGUAGUUAUCAGAUUUACAUCCUGGAGAUAAGACGUGCAAACCAAAGUUGUUUUGCGUGCGUGUUGCCAAGUCAGAGCAGCUCUGUUUGUGUUGUCUAAGCAGAAAACCAUAAACUGCUGGGCCUCUGGGGGGUUUGAGUUUACCGCUCCCUCUCCUCCUUAGCUACAGUCCCUACAGACCACACACACACACACACACACACACACACACACACACACACAAACGACACACAUGCACCACGCAAACAAGCACACACGUUAACCAUGUACACACACCAUGCCAACACUUGAGCGAAGUCGUCCUCUCUCCACACAUGUACAGACGGACCCCUUUAACUUAUUAACUUAUUGAGCGAUCAGUUCUUUGUUUGUUAAUUUAUUUAUUUAUUUGCUGAUGGAUAGUUUCCUCUUGCGGCGAGCGCUGCCACUUUAGGCCGCCGUCUUGUUUUUGUUUUCAGUUUUCUAUGUCUGCACUUCCUCUUCCCGAUGCCCCAAUGAAAAAAAAAAAACAAAAAAACAUAAAACAAUAAUAAUAAUAAUAUAAAUAAUCAUAGUAAUUAACUUCUACACCUUGCAACAUCACCAUCAACUACUGCCUUGUACACAGUUUCCUUAAAAUGAGAAUGUAAACAUGUGGCAUGAGGGUAGAACAUCACCUCUGACCUCAGAACUGGCGUGUGUGUGUGUGUGUGUGUUUGUGUGUGUCUGUCUGUGCAUUUGUACAGAGUGUGAGCAUGUAAUUGCAUAUGCACAUGGAGCAUGGGUUGCUAAGCACACACACACACACACAUACACACGUGCACGCCUGAGGUCGGACCAGAUUAAAUACACACACUCAUCUUAGUAAGGUGUAUGAGGAGAGGAGCAGCAAGGAUGUGGGAUUCUCUAAAUGACUUGGGACAGGGGAGGCCUCACAUUUUCUCAGUACUGUAAUGAAUUUCAUUAUAUAUUCAUGUUCAUGAAAGAUGGCCCAGUUCCUCAAAAGCAACUCAGUGCUUUAAUCAGUUUGGUCCUAUGAUAAGCCUAUUGCGAUUGUAAUCCCAAAUAUUUGUGCUUUUCCUUCAUUUUUUUUUUUUUUUUUUAUAUUCAAUUUGAACAAUUACAUGGUCCAUGAUGUUGCUAAUCAGUUGUUUAUCUACUUAUUCAAAAAUGCAUGUGCGCGUGUCUGAGAAUAGCGCUGUUGUUCAUACUUUGUAAAACUGACAUUUCUGGCGAUGCAAUUCAAAAGUGCUUUGGGGAAACCAGGCCUGUUACUUGAAUUUGCUGAAUCUUGUGAAAAAAAAAAAAAAAAGAAACACACACACACACACAACUGAAACAGACAAAGAAAUCGAUGAAUCUAAAUGUGUCUGAACAUGUACCUGAAGGAAGGCCAGUCAAAUUUGGGAUGCGCAGUUUCAAGCGGACGCAUAUAUGCAACAUCACGACUAUAAAUAGAGCCAUUUUAGAAGUCCCACGGUUUUCGGAGAGGUUUCGCUGAAGUACCACUGCAGUUAUCACAUUUUUAGGAAAAAAAAAAAAAUCAGGUUAUUCUCGUUUUUUUUUCAGCUGUCAGAGGCUACAAGGAAUUGUGUGUUAACUAGUUGACUGAGACCAAGUGAAGCUUUGCGUUACAGUGUACCAAUUUGAUUUUGCUGUGUGAGCAUUCACGGAUGGAUUCGGGGUUACAUACAUGAAUGGGGACUUUUACAAUGGCUACCAGCGUACGAGGAACUCGAGACCCAGGGGUGAUGUUUGUGGCUUUUCCAGUGUUGGAUAAUUCUUAAGAUUAACGUUUGGUUAGGAUCGUACACUUUUUUCCAUCCCGUCUUCUUUACAGAAACCAAAUCCUUCUCUUCAUUUAACCAUAACAGCGGUUUUGUAAUCGGGGCGUCCAAGAGAAGAAAGCCAGGGCCCUAUCUAGUUGUGGAAGCCAAUUACAGACCAUCUAGGUUUCGAUCCUUCUCGGCUCUUGUAACACCACUGGAAAAGCAACAAACUACCACUACUGCGAGCCAGUAGCCUCAAAACGAAUGCACCGAAAAUAAGAGAGGAUUCUUAGUCUGCCUGUCCCUGGUCAGUUUUCUGUACGGCUACUGUAACUUUACUUGUUUGGUUUGUUUUUAUAUAAUCUGGACGUACGUAUGUAUGUUAUUACUAUUACUACAAUAUAAAACCUUGUCUAAAUAUCUAGCGACGUAUUCCUUGUGAGAGUGCUUUGAAGAAAAAAAAAAGAUUAUUAUGCAUCAGAUCAAGUCCUAGUUUAAAGAUGACGACAAGCAAUAAAUUAAAGAUCAUUUUUUAUUGAAUGUUUUACAACAAACAUUUAUCUUAUUGAAUAAAGUAGAGGAUUUUUAGACAA